GAGGCCCGGCUGCAGGUGACGGCGGCGACGGCGGCGGCGGGCGCCGCGCGAGAGCUCUCUUCGGCAGCGGUGGUGGCGGCUCCGGCCCCGGAGGCGCCGCUGUCCGGAGACCGCUGACGCAGAGACCAAGCUCGCGAUGCCGAUCUGCCGGACCGUGCGUGUGGCCGACCAGACUCCGCAGCGCGCCCCAGCCCCGACGCGUCUCUGAUACAGCCCGUUCACGUAGCGUCGUCCGUGGGAGUGCCUGUCCCCGCCUCGGCCAUGGAGCCGUGGGCGGCCGAGCUCGUGUGGAUCGUCGUCGCCUCGUUCGUCGUGUCCUUUGUGCUGGCAUUCGGCGUGGGCGCCAAUGACGUGGCCAACAGCUUCGGCACCAGCGUCGGCGCUCGCGCGCUCACGCUGAGGAAUGCCUGCAUCCUGGCCACCGUGUUCGAGGUGGCUGGCGCUGUCCUGAUAGGGUAUAAAGUAUCGGAGACGAUGCGGAAAGGCAUCCUGGACGUCUCUCUGUACGAGAACGCGGAGAAGGAGCUGAUGCUCGGCUCGCUGGCGGCACUCGGCGGCUCGGCGAUCUGGAAUCUGCUGGCCACUUUCCUGCGCCUGCCCAUCUCGGGCACGCACACGAUCGUCGGCGCCACCAUCGGCUUCUCCCUGGUCGCCCGCGGCGCGCAGGGCGUCAACUGGAUGACGUUCGGCAAAAUCGUGGGUUCCUGGUUCCUGUCGCCGCUGCUGUCGGGCGUCAUCUCGGUCUGCAUCUUCCUGAUCGUGCGGAUGCUGGUGCUGCGGCGUCCCGAGCCGCUGGAGCCCGGCCUGCGCUCCCUUCCCUUCUUCUACGGCUUCACCAUCUUGAUCAACGUCUUCAGCGUCGUACACGACGGACCCAAAUUGAUGUACCUGGACCGGAUACCGAUCUGGGGUGUUGUGCUGAUCUCGGUAGGAGCUGGCCUUCUAGUCGCCAUCUGCAUUCAGCUGUUCCUGGUGCCCAGACUGCGCCGGCAGAUCAAGGAGGAGGUGACAGCGACGGCGGACAUGCGCCGGGAGGCUCAGUUCAUGCUUGGCUCACCCGAGGCUUCACAGCUGCCCAGCCCGGAGGUCUCCAAAGGUCCGACGCCGGCCAUCUCCAUGGAGAAGCUGAACCAGGAGCUGACGGCGCCAGCAGCCGGCCGGCAGGGUGCCACCACCUACGCCUUCAACGGCGACUCCUCCGGCAACGGCUACAUCGGCGCCACAAAUCUGCAGGUCCCGAAGGACCAGACGGUGGUGGCCACCGGGAAAGCACACGGCGGCGCUCUGCCUGGGAACACGAGCCAGCUGCCGCUAAUUGCUCCGCUCGACGCCCGCAAGAACUCCAACGUGCUGCCGAUCGCCGCGGCCAAGGAACUGCGGGAGCUGUCGCGGCCCGAGCAGCCCGAGGUCUCCCGCCUCUUCUCGGCGCUGCAGGUGAUGACGGCCAGCUUCGGCAGCUUCGCGCACGGCGGCAACGACGUCAGCAACGCCAUCGGGCCGCUGAUCGCCGUGUGGCUGAUCUUCAUGGAGGGCUCGGUGGCACAGAAGGCGGAGACGCCGCUCUAUAUCCUCUUCUACGGCGGCCUCGGUAUAUCGGUGGGCCUGUGGGUUUGGGGCCGACGGGUGAUCAAGACCAUAGGAGAGGACCUCACCCAGCUGACGCCCUCCAGCGGAUUCACCAUCGAGCUGGGCGCCGCCUUCACCGUGCUCUUCGCCUCGAAGAUCGGCCUGCCCGUCUCGACCACCCACUGCAAAGUCGGCAGCGUGGUGUUCGUGGGCUGGGCGCGGAGCACGCGCGCCGGCGUCGACUGGAAGGUGUUCAGAAAUAUCAUCAUCGCAUGGCUGGUGACUGUUCCUUUCGCCGCCGGAGCCAGCGCCGGCCUUAUGGCCAUUUUCCGCGCGGUGGCGCUCUAGUCACCAUGCAGGCGGCGCCACCCCUCCCCCCCCCCCCCGCCGACUCAUUCACCGGCAUGGGCGCUGUGCUGAUAUCAACUAUUUUCGUAAGGACAAGCGGUAGAGCGGCUCGAAAGCCCUGGGAAAUCUGCGUCAGAGUUUGGAGAAACAAGGUCUGACGUCGAAGAAAAUGUUGUCUCUUCGGUCACCGGUAGUCCCGAACAGACCUGAAAAUUGACGGCCAAAAAGCAUAGCAAUAAUUUCCAUUUUUCGUGUUGUCGAGAGAUAUGCAUUUUGAUCACUUAUGCGGCUCUAAUUUAAGGACAACGUUAUUCGCAACGCGGAACGUAUCUGGCACGUACUUAGUUCUAAGUUACUGCAGUUGCGAUGUUGUGCUGUUGCGGUGCACUGGUGAGAUUUGUGGAUACUUCAAGCUCUUGGGGUUCUCACGGUUUUGGACUUCUACUCCUUGUUCGUGUACGAUGUUUGUCUUAAGAGUCUGAAACAUGAAACUUGGGUACGCCUGUUUAAGGAAGACUGCUUAAGAGUUGACUGCGUUUGAUUAGCUGUGGGAUAUGUUCCAAGGUGCCCACACCAUGCACGAAAUAAUUUUAGGUGUGACCUUACGUUGCGCCUUUCUCAUCAAAAUUGUCAUUCAUGGAAUUAACGUGUCAGUACGUAGCACAACAUCAUAUUUCUGCAUGAAGCCGCCUCUCUCUACACGAAGCUCUCCUCUGACUGCUACGCAAUUGUGCUACUGGUUUUUAUUCGGACGCCUGCCUCCGACAUGAUGUAAUGCGGCAUCAAAAAUCGGUGUAAUGAAUUGGUUUAAAGAGUCGAUCACAUGACUAGGCAUUCUGAGUGAUCAGAUUUUCCGGGUGGAUAAAUUGUUUGCGUGCCACAGAAGCUCAUAACUUUUUGUUCGUGAAUUGUUGGCCUCGCCUAAUUGAGGACCGUAUGUGACGUUCUGCCCGUCUCUUUUUGCGCGCGCACGGAUUUAGCAUUUGUCGUCCGUUUGCAAAAGAUCAGGUUCUUAAGUCGACAGCAUAUGCGGUGCUUCCAGUCGUAAUACAGUAUGUAAGCUUCGUACUGUAUGCUCGGGGCUCUCAUUCUUCCCACAGCCGGUGCUCCAGAAUCACUCAGAACACUGCACAAAGUCGCUUCUAUUUCCAAACGUUAAGAAGUCUUUUUUUGGACGCCACCCUUGGACCAAUUCUGUAGCCUCACAUGACCUGCUGUUUUACUAGUAAUGCGCACAGUCAUCCCAUCAGGGCCCCGGCCCCGCGAACAGUGGAAACCGCGUAGGCAUUUGUCCCGUCUUCCCGUGCCACGUGCGCGGCAUGGCACGGACGCCGCCUCCGGCAGCUGCGCCGGGACGCUGGCCCGGGAACCGAGGCUCGCGCAUGCUCUGCGCCACCCUCGCCUCGAAAAUGCUCAAUGCGGCGCUCGGCGGGCCACCCGCGGCGCGGAGCGUUGUCGAGUGCUGGCCGACCGUCAGUGCGAGUGCUGCCACCUGUCCGUGAUUCUGUGAACUACUCCUGUCGCGGUGGGCCGCUGCGCCGCCCGGCCUGAGGAGGUUUGUCUCGCAAUCAGUGCGCAGAUGGGGAGCGGUGCAAUGUCUUGUGUACUCGUCAAUGUGUUUUCCGACACGUUUGGAGAUUCGACUUGGAAAUAUAGCGUUUCUUUACG